CCUUAGAAAAAUAGUGUAUUUGGAUUCCGGUUUUUCUUUGCUUCAAAACCUAAAAAAUCUUAAUAGAGACACACAAUUCAAACACUAUUCCAAUCAGAACUGCACAUUUUUCUUUCGAUUUUUGCCUUUUUAUUUCUCUGUUGCAAUUAUUUUCGGAUUUCUGCGGUUUUAACCGGAGGGAUGUGAUCUUUGCUCUUCGGAUAAUACUAGACUGCCGUGGCGGGCGGCAAUAUAGGUAAUAUCUGCUUUUUCGUCAUCCGAUUCGGGAGCUGAUAAUAGGUUUUGGGUUUUGCUGGAGUUAUAGGUGGUUCCAGAAUGCUGAAGAAACGAACUUAUCUGUGUGGCGUCCAACCAUGGAAUUUCAUAAAUUAAGUUCUGCUGGGAUCGUUUCUAUGUAGGCUUUGCUGGAUUGUAUAAGAUUGUGGUCGAACUUUAAUGAUAUCGUACUACUUUAGGAUUUUGGGGUUUUGCCAUGUGACUAGUAUUUGUUAGAACCAGCAUAGUUCGUGUCUUGUUUUCACCAUGAGAAUAUACUCGAAUUAGUUACAUAGGAUAUAAAGAAUGGAGGACUAUAGGGAGUCUGAGUUCCAGCUUCCCAGCUGGAUCAGCAAAAAUCCAUCUGAUAUGGGAGAGUCUCGCCUCUUUGUCCUCUCUUGCUUUAUUGCUGGUUUGGUAGGAAUUUUGACAAUAUUCUACACAGCUUUCCAGUGGAGAAGAAAUAUCAAUUUGAGUUGGAUGAAAGCCAUUUCCAGGUCAAAGAAGAACCCAAAAGCAAGAACCAAGGUUCCUGUGGCCCCUCAUACAUGGAUUUUGGAAUCUGGAUAUCGUGGGAAAAGUUUAAACUGCUGCGUGUGCUUAAAAUCCAUGUCACCUUCACAAGCUCUUGGUCCCAUUGGGGCUUCAGAUAGUUUUAUUCAUCGUUGCAGCAUAUGUGGUUCAGCAGCUCAUCUUAGCUGCUCCUCAAAUGCACAUAAGGAUUGCAAGUGUGUGUCUAUGCUUGGAUAUGAGCAAGUGAUGCAUCAGUGGGCAUUGCGCUGGGCAGAUGUUAUGGAUCAACCUGAUGAAUCAUCUUUCUGUAGCUAUUGUGAAGAGCCAUGCAGUAGUUCUUUUCUUGGUGGCUCCCCUAUAUGGUGUUGUUUAUGGUGUCAGCGCUUGGUACAUGUUGACUGUCACGGUAGUUUCUCUAAUGACAGUGGUGACAUUUGCGAUUUGGGCCCUUUUAGCAGACUUAUUCUAUCACCUCUUUUUGUUAAGGAAUUGAAUAGGACUUCUGCAGGUCGAAUUUUAAGCUCUAUUACACAUGGUGCCAAUGAGAUUGCGUCAUCUGUCCGUGCCAGUAUAAGAAGUCAAGGUAAAAAACAUAAACACAAUCAUGAAGCCACUGCAGACAAAGGUAAUAGUAGUGUUAUCAGUGACGCAUCCACAGAAAGCGCAGCUGAUAGUCCACGAGUUAAUGGUUUGCACGGAGUGGAGGAAAACUGCAACAAUGGUGUAAGCCCAGACAGUGCAGAUGUGCAACAGAAUGGUGGAGUAAAAAAGAUGGAGUCCCAGCCUAGCUUUAAAAGAAGUUCAUCAAUCAAUCAAAAGGAUGAGUUGCAUUUAGCUAGGAUGAGACAAAGCUAUGAAUUGGUUGAUUUGCCUUCAGAUGCAAGACCAUUGCUAGUGUUCAUAAAUAAGAAGAGCGGAGCCCAAAGGGGAGAUUCACUGCGUCAGCGACUGAACAUUCUACUGAAUCCUGUUCAAGUUUUCGAGCUUAGCUCUGCACAGGGACCUGAAGUUGGUUUAUAUUUAUUUAGAAGGGUACCCCACUUCAGAGUCCUUGUUUGUGGAGGAGAUGGCACUGUUGGCUGGGUUUUGAAUGCCAUCGACAAGCAAAAUUUUGUUUCUCCUCCGCCUAUGGCUAUUCUUCCUGCAGGAACUGGAAAUGAUUUGGCUCGAGUUCUUUCAUGGGGUGGGGGUCUAGGUUCAGUUGAGAGACAAGGAGGCCUUUGCACAUUAUUAAAUCACAUAGAAAAUGCGGCGGUUACCAUUCUUGAUCGAUGGAAGGUUUCAAUUUUAAACCAACAGGGAAAACCACUGCAAGCUCCAAAGUUCAUGAAUAACUAUCUUGGGGUUGGUUGUGAUGCUAAGGUUGCCUUGGACAUACAUAAUCUGAGAGAGGAAAAUCCAGAAAAGUUUUAUAACCAGUUCAUGAAUAAAGUUCUUUAUGCAAGAGAAGGGGCAAGAAGUAUUAUGGACAGGACCUUUGCAGAUUUUCCCUGGCAAGUUCGUGUGGAAGUUGACGGUGUUGAGAUUGAGGUCCCUGAGGAUGCUGAAGGUGUUCUAGUUGCAAACAUUGGAAGCUAUAUGGGUGGAGUAGACUUGUGGCAAAAUGAGGAUGAAACAGAAGAUAAUUUUGAUCCUCAAUCAAUGCAUGAUAAGAUGCUCGAGGUUGUAAGCAUUUCAGGAACAUGGCAUCUUGGAAAGCUCCAGGUUGGUCUUUCCAGGGCACGUAGACUUGCUCAGGGGCAAUCCAUCAAGAUCCAGCUGUUUGCUGCAUUGCCUGUACAAAUAGAUGGAGAACCAUGGUUUCAGCGAACGUGUACAUUGGCUAUAUCACACCACGGACAGGCUUUUAUGUUGAGAAGAGCAGCAGAAGAACCUCUUGGUCAUGCGGCAGCCAUAAUUACUGAUGUGCUUGAAAAUGCUGAAUCCAACCAUGUAAUUAAUGCAUCACAAAAGCGAUCGCUUCUUCAAGAAAUGGCACUGAGACUGUCCUAGAUUUAUAUACACGUAAACAUGUUCAGCUAUACAAGCAUACCUGCUUCGUGGAUCAACGUUUUCACGAGAAUAGUUGUUCUGAUUUUGUAAUAUAGGUUUCAGAGCGUCUUAUCACCUUCUGCAUAUAUGCACAGAUACCAUCUUGUCUAAAAUGUAGUUUUAAUUUUUUGAAUUGUUAAUUGCUUCUAGCUUGAACUUGUUUGUGUACGACUUUGAUUAACAUUCUCAAGAAGAGGCAUUUUGUUGUGGCGGCUUUGCGAUUGUACCUAUUCUCGUGUACUA